UCCUCCUCCUCUCCGCGUGGGUGCGUGCGUUUUCCAGGCUAGUACAGUACGUACGCACGCCAUUAGUGCGCCCGAUUGCGCGUCCCGCACCGCCACCCGCCCGCCACCAUUCCACCAUUCACACCGCCUCUCCUUCUCCCUCUCCCCCUCGUCGCCGCCUCCCCUCCUCCCGUACUACUACUUUUCUCCGGAUCCACCGGGAUUAGCAGACCAAGCGGCCGAUUUGGUCACGUGUUCGCCCCUUGAUUCCUUCUUGGCGGCGGCGGCGGCGGCUGUCCCGCUGGUCCUCCUCCCUCCUCCUUCCCCGCGCUCAAUCCGCCCCGCGUUCCCCUGCUGCUCCAGCCAGCCAGCCCGCGUUCUGCUCUCCAAUCGCUCCGGACCGGGAGGAAAGCAAAGAUCGAAAUACUUGCGGAGCUGACAGUUCUUUGGAAAGAUCGACCGGAAUCAGGAGCGCGCUUCUUCCGGUGCCAGUUCUUGGAGCAGCAGUUCUUGGGAGGUCGCUCGCGUUCUUGCGGAGUUGCGUCGGACAUGCGGAAUUGCCGGAGGAGAGGCCCGGCGGCGCUCUUCCUGCUCUGGUUCCUGGCGACGGGCUUCCAGCUGUGCGCGGCCCUGAAUCACGAAGGUCAUGCGCUUCUGAGGUUCAGGGAGAUGGUAGAGGCUGAUCCGCGUGGUGCUCUGCUGGAUUGGGAUGAAGGCCACGCUACCCCUUGUUCUUGGUUCGGCGUGCAGUGUUCGGAUGAUGGACGGGUUGUAGGCCUGAACUUGUCAAAUCUUGGUCUGAAAGGCGUGUUAUCUCCUGAGAUUGGACAGCUUAUUAAUAUGCAUUCUCUUGUACUGCACAAGAACUUGUUCUAUGGUACUAUCCCUAGAGAGAUAGGAGAUUUACGGGAGCUGAAGGUGUUGGAUCUGGGGUACAAUAACUUCAAUGGAUCAAUUCCAUCAGAGCUAAUAAACAUUUUAUCCCUGGAGUUUAUCUUUCUUAAAGGAAACAGACUUUAUGGUGAUUUACCUCUUGAGCUAAAUGAGCUCAUCAGUCUUUGUGAGUCUCAGGUUCACCAAGGCAGGGCUUUGUCAAAUAGGAUGCCCACUGCAAGGGGUGAGGACAGCGCUACAACCAGAAGACUUCUAGCAGGCAAAGAAAAUCAUUCUCCAAAGAACGAGAUGCUUGGUUCUGAAAAUUCUGUAUUAGAACCAUCAGAUGUGAUCCCUUUUUUUAAGCUCCAUGAACCCCACAAGGAUCCAGCACCACCAGUUUUGCCCCAUGCCUUGACACCACCUCCUCCUUCUGAACCUGCUCCUUCCCUUGCCUCUCUUGUAUCUCCGAACAAAAACCAAACCGCAAGCAAAGGGAGCAAGAGCAAGAGCGGGAAGAGCAAUUCUGUGACGAUAUAUGCAUUAAUAGGAGCAGCGAUUUGUUUUGUGGUUCUAUCUUUGUCAGCUGCAAUAUUUAUUUGCUACCGCCGUGGGAAGGCUAGCAGUGUUGUGCCCAUGUCUUCAAGUAGGGAACUGCAGACCACUAUCCUGGGAGGCAUAGCUUUAUUCAGACGGUCAGAGCUCGAAACAGCCUGUGAAGAUUUCAGCAAUGUAAUCGGUACGCUACCUGGAUGUACAUUGUAUAAAGGAACUCUUCCAUGUGGAGCUGAAAUAGCUGUUGCAUCUACACUGAUAAAACAUGCCUACGGGUGGUCUGUUAUAGCCGAAGCACAAUUCAAGAAUAAGGUUGAAAUGUUGUCGCGGGUGAACCAUAAGAAUUUCCUGAAACUUGUGGGUUACUGUGAAGACGAAGAACCAUUUACCCGGAUGAUGGUGUUUGAGUAUGUUUCAAAUGGAUCCCUAUUUGAGCACUUGCACGUUAAUGAGGCAGAGCACUUGAACUGGCAGUCGCGCCUGCGGAUGGCGAUGGGAGUAAUAUACUGCCUGUACCACAUGUACCAGCAGUAUCCUCCUGUGAUCCUAAGAAAUCUGAACUCGUCGUGCAUAUACCUGACCGAAGACAACGCUGCAAAGAUUUCAGACAUCGGUUUCGGCGAUGACUGGAAAGAAGGCGAGGACGAAUUCGAUGAGCCUGAAGAGUGCACCAUAGUGUAUAGGUUUGCCUUGCUUCUGCUUGAGACGAUCUCUGGAAGGCGUCCGUUCUCCAAUGACACCGGCCUCCUGAUUCUGUGGGCGCACCGGUACCUCACCGGCGAAAAGCCCUUGACGGGUAUGAUUGACCCGACACUCAGAUCAGUCCCCUUGGAGCAGGUCGCGGCGCUGGCAGAGCUGGUGAAAUUGUGCAUAAGAGAUGACCCCUGGCGGAGGCCGUCGGUGGGGGAGGUAACCCGGAGGAUGCAGGAGAUCACUGGGUUCUCUCAGGAUCAGUCGACCCCAAGGAAUAGCGCAUUGUGGUGGGCUGAGCUUGAAAUCCUAACGGUAUAGAGAAAUGCUAGCCCAUUGUGGAAUUGCCUUGAAGCCAUUCUGCAGUCCAUUUGGUAGAAGGAUCAGAGGAAAUUGUACAGUCUGGGUUUCUUACUCCUUAGGCAGGCAUACAGGUGUACAGAUAUGCCUGCACUGCUCACACUAUUCUUUCGUUCUUUGGUAGAUAUGUUCUUUUUUUUCCUUGUUAAAUUUGACUAGUGAAAUCCUGCAAAAGCUUGUAAGGCGCAAAUAUGUGCCAAACAUUUGUAAAUAAAGUUUGAAAUGUGAAACAACUUGUUUCAACA